CUCUACAAGUUUCUUAAGAUAAAACUCUAUACUAUUGCAUCUCAUUUCCAUCUGUUCUUUUCCAAUUUUGGCAAAAUACAUCACCUUUAGACUAAAUGAAUUUUAGAAUGAAUUUUAUAUAUCAACAUACUGGAGAAGCUGUUUAUGCUUUUAUUUAUCCCUGUUGGAUAAAAUGAUGUUUGUGAUUUGGCUAUGAUUGUGGUCAUUACUUUAUGAUCCCAACCUAAACUCUCUAGCAAAUUCAAAAGUUGCAAGAAUGAUUAGUGAGAACAAGUGUGAAUACAAUCGAAGAGUAAAGGAAGUCAUGGAGCAGAGCUAUGGAUUGCAAACUAACUUCAUGCAUUGGCAUGGCAGUUUUGAUGGCAUGCCAAUCUGCCUAUUACUGUCAGGAUUUGUCAACUUUAUCAUGUAAUUCCAAUAUGUUCCAUUCAUAAAUGGAUGUUAGGGCUCUUUAAUCUAUUCUUAAACUAUCCCUUUGCUUUGUGUGUCCUUAUUUAAGCUUGUGUAACAUAGAAUUUUAUGUAUCUUAAUGUCUUUGCAUGAAAUAGUCAUAUCAUAUGCACUACUUAAUGGUUUAAUACAAGAAGUUAUUUGCU